ACCAUUGGCUGCCAUCGAACACAAGUGUUUGUUUACAUAUUUGAAUAUCAUAAAAAUUAUGGUUACAUUUGUUUAAAAAUUAUGUCAGGGUCUUCUGAAGUCAAUUUAAAACAAACUCUGAGGAAAAUAGAGUAUCCGCUGUGCGCUCAAGAGGCUCUAAAGAAAAUAGGCGAAUUACUAUGUUCGAGAAGCACAAAUAUAAAAAGUAUGGAUUUAUCUCUGGAUCUCAUGGCAGAGUUUGUAUUUUGGGAAUCGGAUAGAAGGGGAAAUAAAAGGUCUCAUGCCCUGAGUCCUUUGGUCGAAUUGGAACUUUUGCAGAUAUUAUUUGAGUACUUAAAUAGUAUUUCAAACGAGGCCACAAGAAAUACGUUGUUUCUGAACCUUUUUAGUCCAAUAACUGCGAACAUUAGACUGGGUAUUUUAAGUAAAUUAGUCUCUUUGGCUGUAGGAAUUCCAAGUGCUAAUAUUCUUAUGUGUGCCAGUACGUGGAUGCAGCAGUUAGGAAACACAUCAGCCUCUAGUUGUAAGCUUGCCGAAGCUCUGGUAUUUGAUUAUAUCCAUUUAUCAUCGAAUCCAGAAGAAAGAUUGAAGGAUUUAUCUAAAAUUGCACCACAAUUUGUUGCCAAUUUUUUGACCGCCGUUGCUGAGAAUUAUUUUAUAUCUAAAAAGGAACCGAAAUAUCCUCCAGAUGCACUCUUGAGGUGCAUUACAAACUGGGUAUCGGAAGACUCGAAUUUAUGUAUAGCAGCUCAACAAAGACAGGGUAUUUUACCACCAGGUGCAAUAGCAAUGGAAGCAACAACACCUAUUGCAGGGUUACUAAGGUGGUGCGUACUAGCCCCAUUAAAUCACCAAGAUCAAGAAAUCUACUCGAUGCUCUACUUGGCUCUGUUAAAUAGCAUAUCCGCCAUACCCAGAUCGAAUCCACCGAGAGCCAUAAACGUUCAGCACUUAUUUGGGAUUGUUUCGGCAUUGAUUAUUUACCACAAAGAGAUUAGAAGUCGAGAUGAGUCUAAAAUGAAUGUUUUCUUAAACGAUCCUGCUAUGCAGGUGGCUUUAGAUCGAUUCUCACAAGCCGUUCAGAUAGCUCUAAGUGUAAACGCAAUUUACGGCCAUAUAGACGAACUUUUCAACAGUUUACAGAGUUUACCGUUUAAUAAGUUAUUAAGUAUAGUGUUGAAUAAGUACAAGGAGAGCAAAGCUCCUAUAAUAAUCGUGUAAAUUUUACAAAUAAAAUGUUUUUAAAAUUUU